AUGCUUAUAGAAGCCCAUCAUAGCGUCGGGCUAGUAGAACGCUACUACGUCCUUGUGCGACGCGCCUUUGAGAUCGUCACAAAAGAGCUUCUAAAAGCCCUAAGGGAGGACCGGCUUCAAAUGGCUAUCAAAGCCAUCAACGACACAGCUGGACCUAAUGGCCUAGCUAUGAAAGAAGUACGAAAAUGCCACGCUGCGAAGCAGGUUAAAGACGCGCUCAAAAGGAGGAAUGGCCCAAUUACGGAGCAUACCCUAGACCUCCUUAUUAGCUCACGGGUGCUAGUGUGGCGGGAAAACCAAGGGUCAACUUUAGUAAAACCUUACUACUCUGAAGUUGAAAAGCUGCCAGAAGAGUUGCAGGUACCUGAAGUAAAAGUGGAAGAAGAAGUGGAAGAAAAGAUACCUUAUCAAAAGUACGAUCUUAAUAUCCCGACCGUGCCCGACGAAAAAAAGAGCGAUUCUUACGUUCUAUUCACUAAGGACUCCGAGGUGUUGAUUACCGAUAAAAAACGCCGGGACCAUAAGCUCUUAGCUAAGCUACGAGCCGAAAGAAUUAUUAAAAGCCUCGGGGCACCAUUUCAAGAGUCUAGAGCAAAGGAAUUAGCUAGAUUAAUAGCUUAA